AUUUUGAUCUCUUAUAUAUGGGUCAAUCCCACCUAUGGUAAUGAUGCAAGCAGGGGCAUUUUGGUUCCCUUCCUAGCAACCUAAGUGGCAUGUAUACAGCUACAGUCUAACCAAUUGAAUUCCUAUGUGUUCGGACCAGAUCAUGUUUAGAACCCACAUUAAGACAGUGACAUGAUGGUGAUUUAGACAUAUUUGUUUAUUUAUAUACAUACGUGUAUAAAGUGUUAUUUAUAUCUGAAAUUGUAGUAGCAUUCCUCACUUGUUUUAUAAGUUUUUGUCUCGAAUUGUGACACAUUCUGAUUCCUGAGACAAGUCUUCAGUUCCUAAAUUUUCUGGAUUCAAUGACCAUGGUAACGCCAUCUGAGGCACAUCCUGAGACAAUGGAUUACCUUUCGCGUACUUGGUGCAACUUUGCUGUUAAAACUCUCCAGCCAGAGUUGCCUGCAGAUAAAUCAAUCAUUCUUCUUGACAACCAAUUGAAGAACUUUGAUUGCGAAAUGAAAGGUCCUUUUCCAAAGAUGGAAAAGAGUGUGAAAAUGGAAGAUGACUUUAAGGCUCUACCACCUUGGAAAUCCAAUGAUGUGAAGUCAUGGAUAUGGAUGCAACAAGCAAUGCAUCCUGAAUUAAAUUACAACAGCUGCUUUCGAAAGAAAUGGUUACCAUGGAAGAUUGGACCGUUUAAAACCAUUUCAAUCAAGAAAUGGCUGAAAGAGAUAAAGCAAAAGAGAAAAGAAGAAGAUAGGUUAGAAAGAGCUCAAGUGCAUGCAGCCAUAUCAGUGGCAGGUGUAGCUGCUGCCUUAGCUGCAAUUGCUGCAGAGAACACAAAAAGAGACGAUUCUAGUACCACUAAGGAGGAAGCUGUGGCAUCUGCGGCGGCUCUGGUAGCUGCACAAUGCGCACAGGUGGCUGAAGCUAUGGGGGCGAAGAGGGAGCAACUCAGCAGUAUGAUAGGAUCUGCAAUGAGUGGAACAAGUGCCAGUGACAUCCUAACACUAACUGCUGCUGCCGCUACAUCAUUAAGAGGUGCAGCAACCCUCAAAGCAAGAACAGGAUGCAAUAACAGAUUCAAUGGAAGUGCACCGGUGCUCCCCAUUGAAGACAAUUCCGACAUCGAUUUCGACUUCGAAAAAUGCAGAUUCGUUCUUGCCAAUGGCAUAGAACUUCAUGUUGAAACACCAGAUGGAAAUUUUGGUGUGAGAUCAGUGUCUAUUGUCCUGAAUAGCCAAGCCAAGGUUAUUCUGAAAAUCAGAAAGCUCAAUUUGUUGAAAAGCAAGAAGGAAAGUAUUGUACUGGACCUGCAUACUGAAUUGUACAAAGAUUCAGAAGGUGAUCAAGAAACUGAUACUACAUGUUACCUUAUCGUGCUAACCACAAAUGAAGGGAUAAUAAAGCUUGACAUGGGCGAUGAUUGCCAUCGAUAUAAAACAUGGGCUACAGCCAUUCAUCAUAUGCUCAUGCUCUCUACUUCUUCUUUUGCAAAAUAUGAACUUCAGUUCUACAAAAAUUGAACCUGCUCUUCUAUGUGAUGUGCCCCUUUUUAAUUUAAUGCAUAUUUUGUACUUCAGUUAUGUAAUUAUUAUCCAUUUCACAUCAUAAUUUAUGUUCAAUAAAAUAAUAUCAAUCUUUUUCAAGGGGCA